GAGGAGGAGGAGGUCACGGCCACGCCAGUCCGCUGAGGACGUCUACUUCUCUAAGUCAGGUGAGNNNAAGCCCCUCAAGACCUACGUUGACCCACACACCUACGAAGACCCCAACCAAGCCAUGCUCAAGUUCACCACCGAGAUCCCUCCAUCCUCCAUCACCCGCCAGAAGGUCAUCGGCGCCGGUGAAUUUGGGGAGGUCUACAAGGGCACCCUGAAGCGUGGUAAGAAGGAGGUGCCGGUGGCCAUCAAGACCUUGAAGGUGGGCUACACGGAGAAGCAACGGGUGGACUUCUUGAGCGAAGCCACCAUCAUGGGCCAGUUCUGCCACCACAACAUCAUCCGCCUGGAAGGGGUCGUCUCCAAGUACAAGCCCUUCAUGAUCAUCACGGAGUACAUGGAGAACGGCGCGCUGGAUAAAUUCCUGCGGGAAAAAGAAGGGGAAUUUGGCGCCAUCCAGCUGGUGGGGAUGUUGAGGGGCAUCGCCGCCGGCAUGAAGUACUUGGCCAACAUGAAUUACGUCCACCGGGAUCUGGCCGCCCGGAACAUCUUGGUGAACAGCAACCUGGUGUGCAAAGUGUCCGAUUUUGGGCUUUCGAGGGUGUUGGAAGAUGACCCUGAAGCCACCUACACCACCAGCGUGAUGAAGGCCAUCAACGAGGGCUUCCGUCUCCCCGCUCCCCUGGAUUGUCCCUCCGCCGUCUACCAGCUGAUGAUGCAAUGCUGGCAGCAGGAACGCAGCCGGCGCCCCAAAUUCGCCGAUAUCGUCAGCAUCCUCGACAAACUCAUCCGCGCCCCCGAGUCCCUCAAGGCGUUGGCGGACUUCGACCCCCG